AUGUCGUCGGAGCCUCCGCCCGCGGAGUCCCCCGAGGCGCCCGCCUCCGGCUCUGGAUCUGGCUCGCCUUCGAAGGACGCCGUCGGCACUGAGGGCGGCGCCGCUGCGGGGGGCCCGGCGACGAACACGCUCUGGGUGGGCAACCUGCCCCUGCACGUGACCGAGGGCGAUUUGUUGGCGCUGUUCGGGCCGCACGGCGCGCUCGAUUGCGCUCUCGCACGAGCCGGAUCUCGCAGCUACGCGUUCGUCCUCUUCCGUUCCCCAGCCGAGGCUCGCGCAGCCGUCGAGGCCACCCGGGGUGAAAAGGUCAAGGGGGCCGCCAUGCGCACCGAGUUCGCGCGGCCGGCCAAAGCUGUUAGGAAUCUGUGGGUUGGUGGCAUUAGUCCAUCGGUUUCAAAGGAGGAGCUUGAGGAGGAGUUUCAAAAGUUCGGAAAAGUUGAAGGUGUUGCAUUUUCCCAAGAUCAGACUUCAGCGUACAUUGAUUUUGAGAAGCUUGAAGAUGCAAUUUCUGCUCACAGAGCCUUGAAUGGAAAAACUUUAGGUGGCAAGGAACUGUGUGUUGAUUUCCAGAGGUCCAAGGGAAGAGCGGAAUGGUCAGAAGCUAGCAGCUUCAAUGGUAGAGUAUCAGGGCCAGUGGGUGAUAAGAGAGGCAGUGGCCCUCCAAAGGGUUCUGCUGGAAUACGGAUGCGAGAAGCACAACCUACCAAUGUUCUCUGGGUUGGUUUUCCAGGUGCUUAUAAAGUCAUUAAUGAGGAGACACUUAAGCAAGCCAUGUCAGCAUUUGGUGUCGUUACGAAGAUAAAAAUUUUCCAGACAAGGCAGUAUGCUUUUGUUGAGUUUGCAAAUGUUGCGGACGCUUAUAAUGCUAAGAUGAAUCUAGAUGGUCAUCUUUUCAAUGAUCCUAGGAUUCAGAUUCUUUUCUCAAACAGUGAGCUCGCACCAAACAAAUUGGAUAACCCCACAUCGGCUGCUGGAUUUCCUAGAUCAGAAAUGUAUUCCAGUGAUGGCCGUCAAGGACCUGGUAUUGGCAGUGGAACUUUGCAAGGGUAUGAUCCACCACGAGGAGGAAGAUCAAGAUAUUACGAUUAUGGGGGUAUGCCUACUCCAGGUGGUAUCCUUUCACAACCUGAAUCAUUUGACCCAAGAGAAGCAAAAAGAAUGAGGCUCGAUGCUGGUGCUGACCCUCAUCUAAGGGCAGGCAGCGCAGGUCUUUAUUCUGCUGGGUACCGUCAUCAGGGCAGUUCUGUGCAUGCUGAGGGAAGCUCAACUCCUGUUAUUCGAGUCCGGGGCACAGUGCAUCGAACAUCAUACAUUGAUCACUGUUGGCGUGGCAGUAUUGCCAAAGGUGGAUCCCCUGUUUGUCGUGCUCGUUGUUUGCCUAUAACAAAGGGCACUGACAUACCUCUACCGGACGUUAUGAAUUGCUCAGCUCGGACUGGUUUGGAUAUGCUGGCAAAGCACUAUGCAGAUGCCACUGGAUUUGACAUUGUCUUUUUCUUACCAGAUAGUGAAGAUGAUUUCAUUUCUUAUACUGAGUUCUUGCGCUACCUGGGCUCAAAAAGCCGGGCAGGGGUUGUAAAAGUUGAUGCAGGGACUACUUUGUUUUUGGUGCCACCAUCAGAUUUCCUAACAAAUGUGUUACAAGUUGAUGGUCCAGAGCGCCUUUAUGGUGUGGUAUUGCACAUUCCACAAAUCUCUGCUGCUGCUGCACUGAGGCCACAGUUAACUGGGACAGAGCAGCAACCUUACUAUGAUGAAAGGGAAACUCUGCCUACACAAAGAAAGUAUAGUAUCAUUUCUCCUAACGACAGUGGCCACAUUGAUGCUGAUUAUCGGGCAUCUUUGCAUGAAGAUUCAAUGCAUCAUUUGGGGCAUAUUCCUGGAAGGCCUCGGGUGGAUGAAGGCCAAGCAGUUCAGCCAGCUCUUGCAGGUUUUCCUGCUAAUCAAGCAACUGCGCUGCAAGUUCAAUCUUCGCUCAAGCCUGACAUUAUGGCUACUUUAGCAAAACUUCUGCCUAAUGUGCAAUCACCGCUGGUAAGUGGUCAGAUGAAUGCUACUGGCAGACCAUCACAGAUGCAGGAUCCAUCUAUGCUUUCGAAAGUAUGGAUUCCUGAAAACCAAGUUACUGCUUCAAAUUCAUCCGUUGGGCAAAUUGCCAAUGUUCAGCAUCCAGGACAGCAGUUUAGCAGGCAAGCUUCAGCUGCUCAUUUGACAAACUAUGGGAACAUGGUGAGUGCUCAGGAGCGCUCAAUACAACAUACUGCUUACAACCCUGAAGUUGCUUUGAACUUACCACCACCACCUCCACUUCCAACAGUACCACACAGUUCUGCUACGUUACCAUCUCAAGGUGGACACAGUUUGCCCACACAGACAAACCAGCAACUGUAUCAGCCAGAGCAGUAUUAUGUGCCCCAAAGCAACUAUGGUCCAUUAGCUCCGGCUAGCCAUUCUAACCUUCAAAUCAGCAACACUAACAACCCCACCCCUACCAUUCCACAAGUGAACCCUGGACCUCCAACAAAUAAUCAGAUCGGGAAUUUGGCCCAGCUCCAGCAUUAUAUGCCACUGCAUGUUGAUAGAGCAAGUCAGGAUUUCUCUUCUCAGGGGCAACAGCAAAAUCUUGGUCCUGGUGCUGCACAAGCUCCCGAGGAGGAUAAAAGCAAGAAGUACCAGGCGACACUCCAGUUAGCUCAAAAUCUACUGCUUCAGUUACAGCAGCGCGGAUCUGGAAAUCAAUCCUGA